AUGACGCCGGAGCAGAUCCAGGCUUACCGGUACGACGCCGAGGUUAACGAGCGCAACGCACCCAUGUCGGAUGAGGAGUUGGAUGCCAUCUUCCCGCAGACUGGCUACGAAAUCGUCAGGCCACCUGCGAACUACAACCCCAUCCGGAAAUCUGUGCUUUCCUCGACGCCGACGCCCACACCCACCGGCACGCCUUUCUUCUCCAUGCAGAGUCCGGACGCACCGAAGCCGUACGAGGUCCCGGCAUCUCCCGCAGUGGGCGACAUGCCAAUGAUCAAGCCGGAGGACUACUCUUACUUCGCGCCUCUGCUUGCCGGUGACAACGACGACAACUUGUCGCCGGAGGAGGCGAAGGAGAGGAAGAUCAUGCGAUUGCUGCUCAAGGUGAAGAACGGAACUCCUCCCAUGCGGCGAGCGGCGCUUCGGCAGAUCACGGACAGUGCCCGAGCCUUCGGCCCUGGCCCCCUCUUCAACCAGAUUCUGCCACUUCUGAUGAGCAGCACCUUGGAGGAUCAGGAGCGUCACUUGCUGGUCAAGGUCAUCGACCGCGUGCUUUACAAGCUGGACGACAUGGUGCGGCCCUAUGUCCACAAGAUCUUGGUGGUCAUUGAGCCCUUGCUCAUCGAUGAGGACUAUUUCGCACGAGUCGAGGGGCGAGAGAUCAUCAGCAACCUGGCCAAGGCUGCAGGCCUAGCUACAAUGAUUUCCACCAUGAGACCGGACAUUGACCACGCGGACGAGUACGUGCGCAACACCACGGCCAGGGCCUUCGCCGUGGUGGCUUCCGCUCUGGGCAUUCCGAGCUUGCUCCUCUUCCUUCGAGCCGUCUGCCAGUCGAAGAAGAGCUGGCAAGCGCGACAUACGGGAAUCAAGAUCGUGCAGCAGAUUGCCAUUCUCAUGGGCGUUGCUUGCCUGCCGCACCUCAAGCAGAUGGUCGACAUCAUCGCCCACGGCCUCCAGGAUGAGCAGCAGAAGGUGCGCACCAUCACCGCCCUGGCCCUCGCGGCCCUGGCAGAGGCCGCCAUGCCCUACGGCAUUGAGGCCUUCGAUACCGUGCUGCGGCCGCUGUGGAAAGGCAUCUGCGAGCAUCGUGGCAAGGGCCUGGCGGCUUUCUUGAAGGCCAUCGGCUACAUUAUCCCUCUCAUGGACGCCGAGCACGCCAACUAUUACACCCGGGAGGUCAUGAUCAUCCUGAUCCGUGAGUUCUCCACCCCAGAUGAAGAGAUGAAGAAGAUCGUGCUGAAGGUGGUGAAGCAGUGCGUGGCCACAGAAGGUGUGGAGCCUAGCUACAUCCGCGAGGAUAUCUUGCCACCCUUCUUCCGCAAUUUCUGGGUGGUCCGCAUGGCCUUGGACCGCAGAAACUACCGGCAGCUGGUGGACACAACAGUGGAGAUCGCCAACAAGGUCGGUGGCGCAGACAUCAUCGGCCGGAUUGUGGAGGACCUCAAGGAUGCCAGCGAGCCGUACCGUAAGAUGGUCAUGGAGACCAUCGACAAGGUCAUCGGUAACUUGGGUGUGGCCGAUAUUGACUCGCGACUUGAGGAGCAGAUCAUCGAUGGCAUUGUGUACGCCUUUCAGGAGCAGACAUCAGACGACACCACUGUGAUGUUGAACGGCUUCGGUACCGUGGUAAACUCUCUGGGCCCUCGUGUGAAACCGUACCUGCCGCAGAUUGCUGGUAUCAUCAGAUGGCGGCUGAAUACGCCCUCGGCGCGUGUUCGGCAGCAGGCGGCAGACUUGAUUGCCCGAAUUGCGGUGGUCAUGAAGCAAUGCGGCGAGGAGCAGAUGAUGGGGCACUUGGGCUUGUUCCUCUACGAGUAUCUUGGUGAAGAGUAUCCGGAAGUGCUCGGCUCCAUCUUGGGCGCCCUCAAGGCCAUCGUCAACGUGAUUGGUAUGACGAAGAUGACGCCACCAAUCAAGGAUCUGCUUCCUCGAUUGACGCCCAUCCUGAAGAACAGGCAUGAGAAGGUGCAGGAGAAUUGCAUCGAUCUUGUUGGCAGAAUUGCGGACCGCGGUGCGGAGUUGGCGCCCCCACGCGAGUGGAACCGUAUCUGCUUCGACCUCCUUGAGCUGCUAAAGGCCCACAAGAAGGCGAUCCGGCGAGCCACGGUCAACACCUUCGGCUACAUCGCCAAGGCUAUCGGCCCCCAUGAUGUUCUCAGUACCCUGCUCAACAACCUCAAGGUCCAGGAGCGUCAGCUGCGUAUUUGCACGACUGUGGCAAUUGCGAUUGUUGCCGAAACAUGUGGCCCAUUCACUGUCCUGCCAGCUCUCAUGAACGAGUAUAGAGUGCCAGAGCUGAACGUGCAGAAUGGAGUUUUGAAGAGCUUGAGCUUCAUGUUCGAGUAUAUCGGCGAGAUGGCCAAGGACUACAUCUACGCGGUGACGCCGAUCCUUGAGGAUGCGCUUAUGGACCGAGAUCUCGUUCACAGGCAGACGGCGGCAUGGACGUGCAAGCAUCUGGCGCUCGGAGUUCACGGCCUCGGCUGCGAGGAUGCUCUUCAGCACCUCAUGAACUACGUGUGGCCGAACGUCUUCGAGAACUCGCCGCACUUGAUCAUGGCCGUCUUCGAUGCGAUCGACGGCUUCCGGAUCUCUUUGGGCCCAACAAAGGUCCUUCAGUACCUGCUGCAAGGCUUGUGGCACCCAGCUAGACGUGUCCGGCCUUCCCGCCUCCUGUCCUGGAAGAUGCCGGCCGUGAAGGGCAGUGGCUACAGCGGCGACACCACGCCCAGCACACGAGCCAGUGAUGCCCCAUCCGGUUCGCCACAAAGCUCCUGCUCGUCAUCUCCCACGAGGAAGCUCGCGACAGACGAGGUCCUGGAGUUGCAGAACGACUUGAUACAGGAAUUCUCGUCGCCCGCCUUCCAGAAAAAGCUGCGUCAAGCGUCCAGCUUGCAUGCUGCUGGCAAGCUCGAGGAGUACCGGAAGGCGCGACUGACCCUCGUGCGGGAUGCGCAGCGAACCAUUAUUCCCCGGCACGGCUUUCCUGCCUCAGACAGAGGUGUCGACCAGAUGCUCUCGUCCCUGGAGGAUUUUCGAGAUGAUCCGGAUGUGGCUGUGAACCAGAAGAUCAUCCAUGAGCAUCUAUCAGCUUGUGAGGUACCAGAGACCGGGAAGGAGCACGCGGCCAUACCGCUUGGCCACGAGAAGAAGGCCCUUGGCAAGCGAGAUGUCAUCCGCCUUCUCAAGAGCCUUCAGGUCAGCUUCAGUGAGCCAAACUUUCAGGAGGAGUUGAAGAAGCUAGUGGAGGCUGAGAAGAAGAAGUCUGGUGCAGCAGAGUGUACGGGCUAUCUCCAGCUCCCUGGGCGGAAUGAGCUCGCGUUCGCCAUCCAGGAGCAAUUGGCGCCGUGCUUUGGCUUCGAGGGCAGCAAGCAGGGAGUGCUCUCCAUGAUCUCCGAGUGUGGAAAGUUCCUGAGCGAUCCCGAAGUCGCCGAGCUCUUCGACGCGGUGAACGGGAAGCUGGGAAUGUCUCCAGCGGCCUGCAAAGCAUUCCGCGCGAAAGCGGUCUAUUGGCGGCUGUACAACAACCUUUACAUCGGAUCUCAGGACGCCCUCAUCCCCUCCUACCCGAAGCUGGAAGAUGAUUCUGAGCACUGCUACCGCCGAACGGAGCUCGAGCUCCUCCUCUAA